GUUUGCUGCUGUUGGGGAGAUGGUCUUGGGUUUGUGAUCGAGUUGCUGUGCACCGUUUCUCAAUGGGGGCGUGGAUUAGCUCCAAGAAGGCAGACGCUGUGUGGAUUGCAGUGGUGGGGCCCCCUGCAGGAGGGAAGACCUCACUGAUCCAAGCUCUGCGAGGUGAGGGGGACACACAGGAACUCUCAACGUCUCAAUCCCAGUCUCCAUUCAACCAUCCCAAAUUCCCAAACGUAACCAUCUGGGAGUUCCACUCCCACUACCUGAGUGUCUCCAAAUUGGACCCAUAUGAUAUUUUCAUCAUUGUUUCUCCAGUGGAUGUGUUUGCCUCGGAGUCUGUGAAACUUGCCAAGGAAGCUCAGACAAAGGGCAAGGCUUGUUACUUUGUCCGCACCAAGAUUGAUGCUGAUUUAACAGACUUCUCAUCCACCUUUAGCUCCAUCAAUGAUCUGAAUCGAUUUCUAGCCCGUAUCACCUCAGAGUGUGCUCAGUGCCUACAAAAGGAAGGUGCUGAGCCCUCUUUACUGUUCCUUGUGUCUAACACCAACCCUCAGAUCUACCAGCUCUCCCUGCUCCAGGACACACUCGAAGAGAAGAUCAAGGAGCUGGACAGAGCCCGGGAUUGUACUGCGCGCCCUGGGCUGGACCUGGCUGUGUUUGGUGAUCACUGGUCUGGGAAAUCAUCUUUCAUCAAUGCAGUGCGAGGGCUUCAGGCCGACAGUGAGGCAGCAGCGAAGAUUGGGCAGGAGCUCCCAUGCACAGAGCCCGUGGUGUACUCCAUCCCCAGAUAUUCCAAUGUGCGGAUUUGGGAGCUGCCCCCCAUCAGGCUCAGUGUGCAGCCGGAAAAGUAUCUGAAGGAGGUCAAUGGCAAAAAUUAUGGGAUCAUCUUCAUCAUCGCCUCCGAAAUCUUCAGGGAUCACCACGGCCAAGUGGCAAAGGCCCUUCAGGACAUGGACAAGAAGGUUAUAUUUGUCCGUAACAAGAUAGAGAGUGAUCUCGAGGCAUUUAAACAGCGUCAUAAAUCCAAUUAUAAAGAAAGCUCGUUCCUGAAGGAACUGCGGGAAUUCUCCGUCAGCUGCCUGCUCAAGCACGGAGUUCAGAAACCCAUCGUGUACCUGUUGAGUAAUCUCGACAACAGGAAGUUCGAUUUUCCCUCAAUUUGGGCACAGAUCGAGAACCAUCCCGAAGUGAUCAAGUGAGUGAGUCGGAGAUUCCCACUCCAGGUGGAUGAACCGGGCGACAAACAACCCAACCCAACCCCAUCCCCACCCCCACCCUCAAACCCUGUGUCUCUGGCUGCGGUCAGGAUCUGUCUGAUUCCCUUCGGAAAGUUCCUCAAGAGGCUGCUUCCAUGGCCCUCGUGGGCAGGGGGACUCCCAAUCACAACUCGGGCU